AAAACCGUUACAUGGUGUCAGGUGUUGUGAUUUUUCCGAUAAUUAUUCAAGGAUUAUAUAAAUAUGGAAGGAUUCAGAAUCCCACCUGCUAUGGAAUUUUCGGGAAACAUGGGACAAAAUUGGGCCACAUGGAUUCAAAAAUUCGAAUUAUAUAUGUUAGCUGCCGUGGAUACGAAUGCUUCUGAAGAAAAAAAGGUGGCAAUAUUCCUGAAUUUAAUCGGAGAUGCAGGUUUGGAAAUUUUUAAUACCUUGAAGUUAAAAAUUUCUUCUACAAAACUGGAGGAUGUAAAGGCGGCAUUCAAGAAGUAUUGCGAACCAAAGAAGAAUGUGGUGUUCGACCGUUUUAAAUUUUUGAGCUGCACUCAGAAGGAUGGCCAGUCAAUAACGAGUUUCAUUACGGAAAUAAAAACUCUGGUAAAAAACUGCGAGUACACCAAUGAAGAUGAGAUGGUCAGGGACAAGAUCAUAAUGGGAAUGAAGGACGAUAACCUGCGAGAGAAGCUGCUGCAGAAUGAGAGCUUGUCACUGAAGAAAACUGAGGAAAUUUGCAACAUCAUGGAGAUUAGCCGGCAGCAAGCAAGUGUGAUCACUGGUAAUCAGCCAAAGCCGGAUUAUGCCGUUGAUGCUGUUACUCAGAAGAGAUUAAAUAAUUGGAUACUGGAGCAGAGUGUAAUGUACUUCCCACGAAGGUCUACUGUACAAAAAUUGGCUCACUGGAUGGAAUUGCCCCUGCUAACGUUAACUUGAUGGCAUUUGGAAGAAAAAUGGUGCAAGUAAGAGGAUUGGUAAGGUUGAGUUGUAUCAUUAGAGACAGAAAAUCAGAUUUAUCUUUUUAUAUUGUUGAUGGUGCAGAUAAACCAAUAUUGGGUUUGAAGGCUUGCUUAGAUUUUAACUUGAUUAAGCAUAUAAGUUCAUUAACAAAGACUAAUUUAAAAUCAAAAAAUGAUAUAGUAUUGGAAUAUAAUGGAGUUUUUAAUAAUUUAGGAUGUUUUCCUGGAAAACCUUGCAAAUUAAUUCUGGAUGAUAAAGCAAUUCCUGUUAUACACAGUUCUCGGAGAAUUCCACAAAAACUAAUGCCCAAAUUAAAAGAGUCAUUGGAUAAUUUAGAACAAAACGGUGUUAUAUGUCGGCAAAUCGAGCCAACUGAUUGGGUUAACAAUAUAGUUAUCACAGAAAAGAAAGACAAAAAUUUAAGGAUUUGCCUUGAUCCAUCCGAUUUGAAUAAAUGUUUGAAACGCGAGCAUUAUCAAAUUCCAUCUCCCGAUCAAAUAUUGGCUAGUUUGAAUAAUAAGAAAUAUUUUUCGGUAUUAGAU